AUGGCCACGAAGGACGUUAAAGUAAAAGUUUUCAAAUCCUUCCGGGAAACCAGAAACCCAGAAUUUGCUCAAAUAAUUGGAGAAAUUCCAGUAUGGGCGAGCGGUCUUCUUUUACGAAGUUGUCCAGCCAAAUGGGAUUACCCCAAAUUCCGGCUGAACCAUGCCGUCGAUGGGUACACAAUGAUUACUAAAUUUGAAGUGGUGGGUGGCAAAUCUGGCAGUGUGGGCUUUUCGUCGAAAUUCUUGCAAUCAGAAGCCUUCAAGAAGGCAGAAGUUGCCCAGAAACCAAUUAUUCACGAGUUUUCGACCCGUUCUGCUGGAUCAGAUUCAAAAUCAGCGAUCUGCAAAGUAGUUUCAUCAGUGCUUCCGGAAGUCACAGAUAAUUGCAAGUACAUCUGUAAUUCUGAUCUUUGUCGGAACCCCACAAUUAAUGCAGAUAACGGCUUCUUAAAAUUACGUAAUCAUACUUUUCCACAAAACUCGACAGGACAAGAGCCCGUCAAAGAUCUCGGUCUCCACGGCAUCUCCUCCCACCCGCUCACCGACCCUGAGUCUGGCGAUACUUACAACGUCGGCCUUCAUCUCGUGCCAACUGCAAAAUGGAAAGUCAUCAAGUUUCCGACAGGUUGCAAAUCUUCGUUGAAGGAAACGUUGAAGAAAGGCAAAAUCAUCGCGUCGCAUCCAUGUCGAAAUAAAACUUUGGCGCCAUGGGUGCACUCGUUUGGAAUGUCGAAGAACUACGUGGUCUGGAUUGAUCAGCCGGCCCACUUCAACCUCACCAAGGCGUUCAAGUCCGUCCUGAAGGGUUUCUGCCCGAGAGAAGUGCUGGAGUGGUGUCCCGAGAAGAAGAACCAAUUUUGUGCGUUUAAUAUGUGCACAGUUUAUCAUCAAUUAAAUAUCUAUGGCAAGAUUUCAUCCGCUAGAUUUGAAUUGUGGGAUUUCCUGAACAAGAAAACCCUGAAAGUGGUCAAGACCGAAAUCAUUUCAAAAGAUGCCUUUUUCUUCACCCAUUUUCUUAACUGUUACGAAGAAGCCGGUCACAUGGUCGUGGAUCUCUUUGGCAUGCUAAACAUUCAAUAUUGUGACGGUCAAGCGCUCGCAAGACUUCGAUCUGGAAAAGUGAUGCAAGACAAAGAUUGUCCGCGCCUCUUGCGGUUCGUCGCACCCAUCGGCGCAUUCGAGGACGUUAGAAAGUUUCCCGAAAACAGAAAUCUGGUCAAGAUGAAUUCAACCGGAAAAGCUGUCCGGAUUGGGGAAAAGGUCAUUCUUGAACCGGAAAUAAUGUCAGAAAUCAAAAUGGAUCUGGCAGUUUGGAACAAGAAGUUUUAUGGAGAAAACCUUCGUUUUAUUUACGCCACGGGAGCGUUAUGUCCCUCCGUUCAUCACCAUAAAGUGGUAAAGUUCGACCUGAAAACUAGGAAGGUUAUUACAUGGGAAGCUGAACUUCAUCAAACUGUGGGGGAAGCAUGCUUCAUUCCACGACCUAAUUGUAACGAGCAGGAUGACGGACUGAUUGUUCUUGUCGUGAUUAAUUAUUUGGAAUUGGCAGAAAAACAAAGAGAUUUCGUGGUUUGGUUAAAUGCUAAAGAUUUUAAAGAGGUUGGAAGAGCUUACUUCGAUGUUGAAAUUCCUAUCGGACUUCACUCGAUUUUUUUGGCAAAAUAAUUCUAAAGUUAAUUUAUUGACCAUUGACGCAUUGACCAACAGGUUAUUUAUCAGCUAUUUACAUAAAAGUUAAUAAAUGUAGCAUAAAUCAAUUAAUAAUCAAUAAAUUUCUCAAUGCAUAUUGACCUACAUAAAUACAUAAGUACAUAUCACACUGUAAAAAAUAUUACCACCGGGCAGUGACUGUACAUAACUCUACAGACACGGUGAUACUGUGUCACCGUGUGGUAGUGAUAGUUCGUAACCGGGCGGUGGUGGCAGUUUACCUUGCGGUAAUACGUUGUCAUUUGUCACCAUUUCGGUGGUAAUUUGUCAUCCAGUGGUAAUACACCAUCACCAAGAAGCAUAAGAGUGCAUAAUAUUCACUUCAUCAGUGUUUCAUAUCUGAGGAAUCAUAAAAAAAAUUAAAUAAA